GAAAACAAAAUUCACCCGCCCGCUGCCGCGCCAACCGCAGCACGACGAUGAAACGGGCGAAGGCGAGGUGCCACACUACAACAAGAUCAGUGCGCGAGCAAGCGUGAUACGGAAUGUACGUGUGGUGCGUUUUGCGCGGACGUUGACGCUGCGAUUUAUUAUUGAAAUUUUACGAUUUAUACAACUAGAAUAAAAACUUUUUGGAGUAUAAAGUCGAUAACUACAAAAAAGUUUGUAUUGUAGAAGUUAACUUUGACGCAGUUCGCGCAGAAUUUGACCAAAAUUUGUGUUUCCGUAUAGACGCGAAAAAAAGGUUGUAAAAAACUUUUCGAAACAAAGGACUGUUUUGUACAUUUUCGCUGCGAUAGCGAAAUUGUGUUCAAAAUUACUGUUUUGGCUUAAAUCUGGAGGGGGAACAAAAUCGCCUCUUGGCCAACUAGUUCGGAAACAAACUGAUCACCGAACGAUAAACAAAAAAGCAACGACCUCAGUAAUUGAACUAUAAAAUCGCAAGGAUUUUGGAAACAUCUUCAAAAGUCUUCGUGAACUUUUCAUCAGCUAACCUAAAAUUCACAGUGAGUUCGUCGACCUUAUAUAUUCGUGCUACAGUGGAUCAGUUUCCAAAGAAACAUCAAGAAAUAAGAAUAAAAUCUGGAUUAAGUGUCGAGUUCGUUUUGCAUACAUGAUGUCUACAGCCAUAAUGCAUCAGUCUGCCCUGCAUGACUUUGGUGAUCUGUUCUUGAAGGUUAGUCCCGAACUGUUGUGUUUGCUACAAAAUGAAGUCGAAACAAACAAUCAAACUCGACCAGUGCAGACGAUGAAUGGGAACAUAGGCGGUGCAAUUGGACCAAUCGGUGCUAACUCAGUCUCAAGUGGUCUAAGCUGGGAGCAGCAUCCAGUGCUGUCGCGCGCUUCCUCUGUACCAGCGCAUCGUGCCUUAGCCGGUCUCUUAGACCGUCUGGGUCAUCGCCGUCUCGAACGCACCACCAGUGAACCGGCUCCUCCGCCACCAGCCACAAGUCGCUACAAGACCGAGCUCUGCCGACCGUUUGAAGAAGCGGGGGUUUGUAAAUAUGGGGAUAAAUGCCAAUUUGCUCACGGCGUCCGCGAACUACGCAAUCUUCAGCGUCAUCCUAAAUACAAGACGGAGCUGUGUCGCACUUUCCAUUCGGUUGGCUUCUGUCCUUAUGGACCGCGUUGCCAUUUCGUGCAUAACGCAGAGGAAGCAAGACGCAGAGAACCAUCGUCGCCAGGAGGUUCAUUGGCAUCGCUCUCAUCGGGCGGAUCUAUGGCGUCGUAUAUGAGCGACGGGUCGCGAUCGCCACGCUCGCCGCAUUCUCCAUUGACGCCUCACUCUCCACCUGCGAUGUCGCCACCAGCACAGGCCACAGCUUUCGCUUUUCGCCGCACGAACUCCCCCGAUCCGGAAGACGACCGACUGCCCGUUUUUAACCGACUCUCAUCGGCUCUCGGCGAUCUCGUCAUCGCUUAGUGCGAUGGACUAGUCCUAAGUUAAUUUAUACCGAGUAUAGCAUAAGAAUCGUCCGACACCGUAGUGCCUCCUCGACGUCUUCCAGACCGCGCAUGAGCGACGUCCCGGUCGCCGCGCCUCGCGCAUUUGCACACCCGCUCAACGAAUGAUCUCCUGAUGUUUAUCGAUGGUCUUUUGUUAAUACUUUCGACCAGUAAUAAAUCUUUAACAUUUACGAAGUGUUCACUGGCGUCUCGAAAGUUUGCGGUGUGAUUAGUUUGUUACGUUCAAUUUUAGUUAUCGGCACGCACUUGUACAUGGCACCUUUAUUAUUAUUAGAUAUUUAUUAGCUCGCGGAAGUCUUCCCGAUGCGAUCCUCCGCCGAGCGGUGGUCUCUGUAAAGUUAGCUUUUAGAACAUUAUUUAUUUCGUACUGCCUGUCCGCGCUCGGUACCGUACCGCGAGAAGGCGCUCGUGAUCUAUUUUUAAGUGUAUAAGAUAAUAAUUUAUUAUUUAUUUCGAGUCUCUUAACUUUAAUAAUUAUUUUGUAGCUAGCUGCUGCGAUGCCACACCGCAUACGGACGAGGCCUGCGUCGCUGGGACGUGGCUCGUUUUGAUACACAAUGAGGCUGAUUCUGACCCAAACAAUUAACAAUCUCAGUCCUGUAGAACUGUGGACGGAAUCAGUUGAUGUUCUUUACCUCGAGAGCUCGGCCUGACAACAUUUAAAAAAAAAUUGGUGACUUAAAAGGAAUUGAUACGAAUGUUCCCCGCCGCUAUAAUAAAUGCCGAAUAUUAAAUCGCUGUGGCGAAGUUUUAGUACUGCACAAAUCCUCUGUAAUCAUAUCUAUGAAUACAAACCGCACGUAACGUCGCCUCCUCUCCUCUCUCGACCUGUCUGGAAAGAAUGAUUUUUUUCUUUCGUGCCGCCGAGGCGGUCAUCUUAAACCUGUUUGGCGUUUAGGUGAUUGUUUUUUCGAACUCACUCCGCAGCGCUACUCCCUUGCAUCGUCGGCGCUGGAGCAUUAUAGAAAUCUGUAAUCGUAUCUGUCUGUAUCUAAAAAAAAAACUAUCAACAAUCCUUGAAAUUGAACGGCCGAACUCUGGAGGUCUCGUGCACCGCAAAACUUGAAAGAAUAUCACAUAAAGCAUUUGUAUAAUGUUGACGAACUUUAGCCGUAACACGUGUGUUGUCGGCGCGAACGAAGGCGACAAUCGUAUCUUGAGCUUCCACGUCUGAGAUCCGUCGACGACACACAAAACGAAUCGUGCCUUUAAACUAAAUACGAUUAUAUUUAACUUUUAAUUUAUCGAGAUAGAUUGAUUGUUUAUUUAUUGUCUGCUUUGAAUAAUAUAUUCAAAAUUGGCACAGUUAUUAUUUUUGUACUUGACCGAACUAAAUAUAGUUUCGAUAUAUAGCAUAGAUUUUUUUUUCUUUGAAUUUAAAGUGUGAUAUUUUAUAAUAUUUAUGAUAACAAAGUCUAAUUUUUAUUGUAAGGGACCAAUAGGUGAUUAGCAGAAAUUCUGAAGAAAAAAUUAUAUAAGAACAGCGUAACGCUUCCGACCAUUUCCAAGACAUAUCCUCGCCGCGCUGAUGUAUUUUUAUUAAACAGAUCUAGAUUUUGUACUUUCAAUAAAUGACAUAUUACCACAGCUGGCUUCGUGUUUGAUUAUUGUGAGUUCGUAGACCGAGAUGGUAUUUUUUUUGUUUUGUUUAGUAAGAGCAUAGUUUCUGUUUCCUCCAUGUGUUAGUCUCGAUGCAUUGUGACACCAUUAAAUGAUAAAUAAUUUUGUACCUAAUGUUAAGUGACUAAUUAGUUAUAAGAUUUCAUAAAGUACGCGAAUAUUAUUUAUUAUCAGUUCAUUACGUUUUUAUAAACCAUAAAACCUGAUUUAUUUAAUUACUUUUGUAUUUAAACGGACAUUUAACUACUGCGCUUAACAUGUUUUGUAAUAUAUCAUGAGUCAUUUAAUAUAACCCGCAUUAGUUUAAAACGAUUAGUACCUAUUAUCAGUUAUAAUUUAAGUAUUUAAUUUUUUUUUGUAAUUUAAUUUCAAUUUUUAAGUUAAUCUUCCAAAUAAAAUUGACUACGUUUUCUAUAUUUUCUUAUGGACAAAAUUAAGGAUAAAAGCUUGUUUAUGACAUUUUUAUUUCUUGUAAGUUUUCCUUAUUUCCAUCUGCAUUUUUAUUGAAUUAUAGUCAAAAAUAUGUUAA